ACGAAAUGUAACAUUCCGUAUUUGACCUCAUUGUGCUUAAAUAAAGGCAAUAAAGAAGUCCCAUGUCAACCGAUGAUCUUUGCACUCGCGUUAGCAACGCUAAUCCAGUGACCAGUACGGACCGCGCCGAACUUUUCUCCUGAAAUAUGACGACCAUGCCGCAGCCUGGAUCUUCGAGCUUGAGCCCUCUCAGUCGGUUGCUGGAGAGUUCACUCCCGGAUAAAUUAAAAAUGGGCGAGUACCACAAUUUGUUAACUCAGUCCCUUUUAGCAACAACUCAUGUUCAGGACUGUGCAAUCAUAGAACAGAAAAAUCUCUCUGUGAUGACAGCCUCCAUAGGAUUCAAAUUGGAUACAGAGGAAAUUCAAGCCUUCUGGAAUGCUUUCAAGCAACCAGACAUCAUUCGAGAAUAUGGCCUCUUCUUUAAGAAUAUAAACUACAUAUGUGUCAGAGCAGAUAAGGAUUCAAUAUACAGCAAAUAUAAUGAAAGGGGUCUUAUAUUGGUAAAGACUGGAAUGUAUAUAAUCUGUGCCACCUACACAAAGGGGAUGUAUCCAAGUGUAUGUGUUGAAGCUGUGGAAAAAUUGGGUGACUACUUCAAAACAAAGGGCAAAUAAUUGGAUCAAAGACUGGAUGUAUGGUGAUUCACGUGUAUCCAAAAACACACUGAAUAAGGGAAAGCAACUUGGUAAAUUAUGCUUGAUUUUCUAAGGCUCAGGCACAUCACAGGCUUUCUUCUAUCUAUCAUUCUAUUAGAAACGAAGUCAAUAUUCCAUCUAAGAUAUGAAGAUAUUGCUAAAAUCUAUAACGCUUUACAUAGUAUUUUAGGAAACCUUUUACUUCUAGAAAUAAAUUCAAAAUCUUACUUAUAGUUUACAAGUCCUAUUCCUUCACACCACUGUAACCUUCCAGAAUCAGACUGGUACUCCUUUUUGUAUCCGUGUUCCUAUAUAAAUUAUGACUUGCAGUGUUUGUCAUUGCUCAGAAUAACAUAGAAUAUAUAACUCUAAAAGCAAAUCUGUGCUGGAUCCUUUACUUCCUGACCAACAGUCUGCAAUCAGUAAGGAUGGGCAGCAACACCUCCACCAUGAUUAUUCUCAACACAGGUGUCCUACAAGGCUGUAUUCUCAGUCCCUUACUCUCCUCACUAUAGUCUUAAAACUGUGUGGCCAGGUUCUGCUCUAAUUCCAUCUACAAGUUUGCAGAUGUUACCAUUGUAGUGGACUCUUAACUCAAACAACAAUGAAUAGGAGUACAGGAAGGAGAAAGAGAGCCUAGUGACAUGGUGUCAUAACCAACAACCUUUCCACCAAUGUCAGCAAAACAAAAGAGCUGAUUAUUGACUUCAGGAAGGAGGUCAGUACAGAUGUUACUGCUUGUAUCAGUGGUGUUAAAUUUGAGACAGUUGAAAGCUUCAAGUUUUUAAGUCUGAUUAUCUCCAGUAGCCUAUCCCAGUCUAACCAGGUAGACACCGCAGCCAAUAAAGCUCAUAUGUGCUUCUGCCUCCUUAAGAGGCUAAAGGAAUUUGGCAUGUCCCCUUUGACCCUAACCAAUUUUUAUCAAAGUGCCAUAGAAAUCCUAUAUAGAUGCAUCACAACUUGGUAUGACAAUUGUAACCACAAGAAACUGUUGAGUUGUGGAUAUAGCUCGGCACAUUACAGAUAUCAGACCCACACAGAUAAAAUUACCAACAUAAUCAAAGACCCCUCCCAUCCCGGACAUUCUGUCUUCUCUCCCCUCAUAUAAGCAGAAGAUACAGAAGACUGAAAGCAUGUACCACCAGCAGCUUUCAUUCUAUUCCACUAGGCAGAUUCUAAUUCCACUGUUAUAAGACUAUUGAAUGAUUUCCUAAUAUGAUAAGAUGGACUCUUUAUCUCACAAUCUACCUCUUUAUGGCCUUCCUUUUUUUCUGCCUGCUCUGGAACAGAAACACUUUAUUCUGUUGUUUUUCCCAUGAAAUACGUAAAUGCACUUCUAAUGAAAUGCACAGACGGUAUGUAAGACUAGUUUUUCACCGUCUAGUUGCAUGUGACAAUAAGCAAAUUUACCAAUUCCAUUUUGUUAUUAAAAUAUUGAACAUUGUUCAUUAAAAAUGUAACGCACAGGGCUAUUGGCUCGUGUUUAUCUAGGGGAAACCCUGUCCGCCCGCCAAACCGUCUCUGCAUAGUUGCUGUGUAAUGCCACCUGGUACAAACUCACACAUCAAAUAUCAGACAGCACACAAUGUACGAUUUACAGAUUACACUUUAUAAAUCUUACUGGAACUAUGUAAUUAAUAGCGAUACAAUAUAAAAGGAAAGUAAAAGGUGCCAAACCUAUCAGAGUUCAACCACUUCAUGCACAACUGUUAGAGCUCAAUUAACAGGGUCUUCUCUUCGUUCCACCAUUCGAUCUCCGCCAACCUCCUCGACCCGCCACCUGGGACCAACCAUGGCGGUCGACCAGAGCACGUCCAGCACGUCCUUCCUCUUCAGUUCUCCUCCCAAAAAACCCGCGCACUCACCCAGGUUCCCACA